CAGAUGUUGCCUUCUAUGCCAAUUUUAUUUACAAGAGACAGCCAAGAUGCAUUUGGAAAUAAAAUAGAACCGAGUACAAGUUACUUUAACAAAAAUAUUCAAGCUCAACCCAUCGUUCAAUUAGAGGCCCAUUCUUCGAAGGCAGGACAUAAACAACAAAAUGAAAUACAGAAUAACACGAAAAAUAAGUCGAAUAUUAAAAAGAAAGAAGAACAACCAAAAUCUACAAGUGAUGACAAGCCAUUGGAAGCAGCACUUGUUAAGGCAUAUUACACAAAAGUUCAAUCAAGAUUUGCUUCUCACUCAUCAGUUCCUACAAACAAGUUUGUGCAGUUUAGAAAUAUUUUGAAAACAUUCGAUCCAUCGAUGGAGACACCCAUAGAUUUGUUUAAAAAGGUUGAGAAGUUAUUUGGUGAGGAGCAUAAAGAUAUAGUAGAAGAAUUCCUCCUAUUUUUAAAGCCUGGUCAAGCUUCACAAGUAGGCAGGUUUAUGGAUCAUUUUAUGAUGACACAAAUAACAAGAUUCAUUUCUCUGUUACAUACAACGUUCAGCCGCAAGCCUACAGUUCUGAGGAAGAUAAUCCGCGCAAUCACAACGGGUAUCAAUAGCGGAAACAGUUCGGACAUGAAGUCGAGGGUGCUGCCACACCUCAGGUCCAACCCGCGGCUUACACAGAUGUUCAAAUCCCUGUUCCCAGAUGAACGGCCACCAGACAGUGUUUACGAAACUGGCACAGAUAUUCUUCAAGAAAGCUUUUUAACUUCCGACAAGGGCUAUGACGUAUGGGAAUUUGAAGACAAAGACAACAAAAGAAAACCGGAAGCGAAAGUCCUAGAUUCUGAGUACUUACACGGACGAGUAUUUCUCCAGCACGGAAGGUUUUUACGAACAGCUUGUGUUACUUAUCCUUAUAGUAAAGAACCUUACAGAGUUCACGCAAGACGGUUAGCCCCGAAUCAUUGCCUUUCACCGCCCGAAUCGGAUUCCGAACGAGCAUCGCCCAAAAGAAAUGCAAAAACCGUUUGUAAAAUACCACAGAAAAAACCGAGAAAACAACUCAAAUCACCGACAAAGAACGCUAAAGACGUUAAUGAUAACACGAAAAAUUCCAUCACAACCACAUUAAAUAACACAAAAAUGAAAGGAAAGUCACACUCGAAAAGCAAACAUUGCAAAAAAGAUGACGUCCCAGUGAAGAAGAAAGAGAAACAGGACACCAAACCUCCUUGUUCAAAAAAAGACGAGGGAUCUAAAAUGAAACAAAUGAAAUUAGAUGUUCCAAAAGUAGCCAGUAGAAGUUGGACUCGCGACGAAGACAAGACAAUGUUAGAAGUGCUAAAAGGAGAACCUAGCUCCGAGCAAGUGUUUUGUCGCAUUAGAGAACAGUUACCCCAUCGCACUACGACAGAAAUCAAAGAAAGAUUUUGCCACGUUAUGAACUUAUUGCAAAAAAUGGCAGUCGGUGACGUCACAUAGCUGUAGCGGAUCUGAAUUUAUUAGUGCUAAGUAAAAAUGUUAUUUAUAAUUUUAUAUAAUACAAAUAAACAUUAUAUCUUAUAAUUCUUUUGAUCAUGUAUUUUC